AUGGAUACAAAGCAACAAUUAGAGUCAACCUUAGAAUCAUGGCAAAUUCCGGUGUUCAUGAAAUCUCAUUACCUCGACCGACCAGCAUUCGCCCAUUGUUCGGACACAACUCAAGGCGCCAAUCAAGCUCUUAUCUUCUUCGCCCAUCACAAUAACUUCACCGAAUUUCCCGAAGGAAUCAACUGUAUCGCAAGCAAACCGAUGGAGACGACAGACGACCAAUAUAAUGUUGGUGCAUGGGCAAUGAUGUCUCUUCUCCUCUUAAUAUUCGUAUCGAUUCUUCUCAGUCGUAAUACCGUCAUCAUAUCUGAUUCCCAAGAUGACGUGUUGGUAACGGGAGAAGAGAGUGUCCCAUUACUGGCGCAGGAGGAGAAAAGUGUUUAG